AUGCCAUUGAAGAAAAAUGAAAGAUAUAAUGAAGGAAGUGGAAGGGAAAGUGAAGUUUUCAAUGGCGGAUUCGACUAUGAUGUUACUUGUUCAACAAGCAAUGGACAAAGCCCAUGAAAAGAUCAAAACCAAACACGGUCUUCUCCUCCGUCUCAAUGCCAUAUCUAUUUUCUACGAGCUAGCUGUGAUACAGCUCGAGAGCUGUCUUAGUUUUGUCCGACAAGAAACCGAUAAACUAGAGAGUAACCACGAGGAAGUGGUUCGGGAUCUGAGAGAGAUUAAAGACAGACUUCACCACCGUCUCUUAGAGACCGAAUUAGCCAUUCUUGAGAAAGACAGACAGUUGUUAGAGAUGUCUGAGAGCCAAGAGUCUCUGAGAAACGUGUUGGAGAGUAAAGAAACAGAGUUGGUUCAUUUACAAGAUCUUGAGAGGAAGAGAUUUCAUAGUAAGAUUGGGGAUUUUAUUAAGGAAGAUGAGUUUUCGGAGCUGAAGAGCUCUGUUGAUCAACAAGUGAUGAAUCUUAGACAAAAGCUUGAGACAGAGUACGAUGAAUUGGGAGGAGAAACAGAGGAUCCUUCAGGGGUUGAUAUUGAUGUUUUGAAAGGGACAAUGGAUCUUGCUUUCAACAAGAUGCAUCACGCGAUAUUCUUGUCGGAGUUGGGUCCUAUUGAGCAGAGUUGGAGAUGGUCAAUAGAGAGAGAUUCAAUGGCGUUACUGAUAAAAGGUUUCAUGAAUGGUUUAGAGGAGAAGAUGGAGAAGGUAAUGAUGGUUGUAAGAGAUUAUGAGUCGGGUUUUAAAGAUCGGGUUUGUUCGAUUCGUAGAGAGGUAGAGUGUUUAGAAUCUCAGUUUGAUCAGAUCAUCAUCCAUAGAUCUUCAUCUCCUAAAUCAUGUGUAGCAACAGCAGCAACAAUAUCAUCAUCAUCUUCAAUAGAUUAUGAAAUUGGUGAUGAUAAAGAAGCAAAAGAAGAUGGAGAAGAAGAACAAGAUUCGAGCAAUUUUCCUGUUUCGAAGUUGAUAAAGAGUCAUGAAUCAAUCAUUAGGAGGAAAAGUGAAGAGCUUGCUCCUCCUAAGAUCGAGUCUAUUAAACGACAGAAGAGUUGCAACAGCUCUAGCUCGAAACGAGCUAUUGAUGAUAUUGUUGCAGGUCUUGAUAGCUUAAUGGGUCUUAACACUAAGCUAUUCGAACAAUUGUUCGAUGAUGAUGAUCGUGAUAGACAUGAGCAUGAUCUUGAAGUGGUAAUGGAUGACAAUUUGGAUGAUGUUUGGAUGAAAAUGCAGAAGAAUAACUCGGUGUUUUCAGACAAUGCGAUAGAGGAUACAGAGAUGAAAUUAAUAAUAUUGGAGGAUACUUACUUGACUUUGCUCAAAGGUCUAAAAGCAGAUGAGAUCACAAACAAUAGAAAAGCGGAAGAAGAAGAAGAAUUCAAACAAGAAGUAAAUUGGAUUAUUGUUACUGAGUUGUUAAGAGAAGUUUCAGAGACUGUGGAGAAUCAUGAAAAGAUUGAAGCAAAUAAUAAACGAGUGAUUGAGGAAGAAGUAAACAGAGCCUGCUUGGAAGUUUCUUUACUCUACGAUGAGUUUGAUUUCAAGAUUCAAGAGAAGUUGAAGAUGGUAACUUUGAGGUUACAAAACAUGGAGAUAAAGAUUGAUUCAACGAUGGAUUCUAUCGCAGAGUUAAGGCGAAAAGAAUCCGUAUAUAGAAGAGCUUUUGUUCUUGGGUCUGAUAAUCUAAGAAAGGCAGAAACUGAGGUUGAUCUUCUUGGAGAUCAAGUUGAUUUGCUUGUGAAGCUUCUCCAGAAAAUACUUUGGACAUUGCAUCGACAUCCAUUGCUUCUCUGCAAUAACUCAGACAUAUCGGAGAUCUCAAAGAUGAUCAAGAAAGAGUUAUCAUCUGAGGAUUCAUAAAACCAAUAUAGUUUUUUUUUUUUUGGGGAUCCCUUAGCAUUUUCUAUCACUUUAAUGUUUCAAAAAUUCCAAAAUCCAAUUCUACUACAGCCAUUCUUUC